AUGGACGGUGUUCAGGAGCUUGUGAGGGUGACUAUUAUUGCAGCCACGAAUCGCCCUGAUGUUAUUGCAAGACUCAGCUCUGAUGCGUCCCGGAAGACUGGAUCGCAUUCUAUACGUUGGACCGAUCACGCUGGACGUGAAAAGAUCUCGAAGAUCAGGACAAGGACGAUGAGCAUGGAAUCUGACUUAGAUCUUCAUACAAUAGCAGCCAUGACCGACGGCUGCUGCGGCGCGGAAGUCAGCUCACUGUGCCAGGAUGCUCUAUUGACUAUGCAGAAAGAUAUCAACGCCCCAUUUACGCAGGAGCCAUACAAAGGCAAAUCACGCCAGAUGCGAUCAAAAGAUAUCAGCAAUGGAGAGAUCAAACUGGAUCAAGGAGUGUCUGAAUUAAUUGCAAUGGCCCAGUGCCUGAGAACCUGCUGCCGUCCUGCACGAUCAAAAGUCCUGUGCGCUGUUACGAUAACUAUGGACUGCUGUCUAUCACACGAUCAAACAACUGCACCACCGGUCAUCAACUACAACCUGUGGCGGCGGUGA